ACCAAAAAUAAGAAACCUCCUUUUUCUAAAUCCAAACCAAAGAAACUAAAAAGGGUUCCAAUUCCAAAGGUACCUGAACAUCGUUCUCAUGAAUGAUCUUCAAUCCAAUCCUUGAAGGUAAGAUCGCAGCCGUGGUUCAAUCCAUUUUUUCAGAUUGUGUGUUUUGAUACAAGAGAAAAAUAAUGGAGAUUUUCAAGAAGGCUGAAACCGUGCGUUUACGUAGCUACCACGACAAGUACCUUCUCGCAGACGACGACGAAGAUUCCGUGAACCAAGACAGAGACGGACGUUGCAUGAACGCUAGAUGGAAGGUGGAGAUUCUAGAAGAAGCAAACGUGAUCCGUCUCAAAAGCUGUUUUGGCAAGUACCUAACCGCUUCAAACAUGCCAUUGUACCUUGGCAUGACAGGCAAGAAGGUAACGCAGACGCUGCCACGUCGUCUAGACUCAUCAACCGAAUGGGAACCCGUUAGAGAAGGCGUUCAAGUUAGGCUCAAGACAAGGUAUGGGCAGUAUCUUCGAGCUAAUGGAGGUUUACCACCAUGGAGAAACUCAGUCACACAUGAUGUUCCUCAUAGGUCAACCACACAGGAUUGGGUUUUGUGGGAUAUUGAUAUUUUGGAAAUCAGAAAGAAGAAACCACCACAACCUAUUCUCCCGCCUCCUCCACCACCACCAGAGGUUCUGAUGGCAACAAUAGAUGAUCACGCUGAGCACAACUCACCCAAAGAGUUCUCUCUCAAGUCCCCAAGAUUUUCUAAAACAGAGGUUGAAGAUAGAGUCAGCUCACCAGGCAAGGCAGAUGGGAGACUAAUUUAUUACAGGGUUGGGGAUGAAGAUGGGAACGUGGAUGAAGGAGCAAAGGAAGAGCUUUUCUGUUUCAAGGGACUGGGACUAGAGGAGCUGAAACAGAAGCUUGAAGAAGAGACAGGUCUGAGUGAUGUAUCAAUCUGUUCCAAGAACCCUUUAAACGGCAAAUUGUAUCCCCUUAGGCUGCAUCUCCCUCCCAACAACUCAAAGAUGCAUGUCGUUUUGAUCCCUUCCUCUUCAAAAGGGGAUGAUGCAAGCACAUCUUGAAGUAUGGUUCAAAACUACAGAGAGUUUGUUGUCCAAGACCAAAAAAACUGUGUAUUUUGGUAACAUGCUGUAGAUCAACAAGACCUUUUCACCAUAACACUGCAUACCAUAAAUAUGUUUUGAUGCUAAAAGAAUCUUGCAUCAGGCUGUAUGUGAAAUCCUACCUAAGUAACAAAAAUCCCAUCUAUUUAUUGUCUAUAAGCUUCUUUUAUUCUCGGUGAUAUGUUCAUGAAACAAAUCAUAUUUGAGUAAACUGUUAAAGGAGAGCCUAAAUUUAUUAAACAUCAAGUUUCUUAAGGAGCACAAGAUAACUCAAGGUAGCAACUGUUAAGAAAGAGAGGAGAGUACCUGGCCAAACCAGUGCUCCUGAGCGUAGACUAGACACGCAUUCUUAUCAAGCACCGGUUACCUGCAGUAACAGAUUUGGUUACCUUAAGUUGAGCUUAUAUGGCUUACAUCAUAUACUCAGCUUUUCACAGUAUUCAAGGGUCUUAAAUUUCUCUACUCUCUAGAUGUUUAUAGGUGUGCCCAAACGUCAUGCAAUUUCAUCUGUAGCUCCUGUUUUUCUUUUUUCCUUUUUUUUUGCUCAUGCAUUUCUCUACUCUCAAGACACCAUAAAGUUAGAUUCAGACAUUAGCCUUGCUUAAGUAUCCGUUCACAUGUCUCUGUGUUUUGUUCAAACCACAGAAUGAGAUGUUUUGUUUCCUGGAUAGAGUUGUAACUAAAGAACUUACAGUGAGACCUUUCUCAUUGAAAGUUUUACUUCUCUCAAGAUUAUCUUGAAACAUGAAAUGGAAUAAACAAAAACAUUUGCAUCAAAGGUUUAAUGAUUUUUAAAAAAAAUAUUUAGUACAUUUGCAUCAUUCAUGAAAUUUAUAAGGUCUGAAAAUGAAUGUUAAAGUUUAUAAAAUAAAGAACAAUCAAAGGGGAUGUAGCUCAGAUGGUAGAGCGCUCGCUUAGCAUGCGAGAGGUACGGGGAUCGAUACCCCGCAUCUCCAUUCUAUUUUUUUCCGUUCUUUCUGUU